AUGAUUAAUAAAUUUAACAAAGUAUAUUCUUCGUUUAAAAUAUUUUCUCAAAAUAGAAAUGAAAUUUUAAUGAAUGCAGAUUUGUUAAAAACAGAUUUAAUACCUAUUGAAAUAAUGAAAAAAAAUUUACUAAAUAAAAAUAUAAUAAAGGAAGGAAAAGGAAAGGAAAUAAAAUGUACUUGUAGAUAUUUAUGGAAUGCUGAAUUACAUGGAUUGACUGCUUUUUUGAGAUGCCGUACAAUGGCUGAAAGAAUAUUUUGGGGUUUUAUUAUUGCUAUUUGUGUUUUAAUGUCAAUAAUUACAACAGAAUGGAUGUUUAAUGAUUAUCUUGAACAUCAAACAGCUACUUUAAUUACUAUAGAGCAAAGGCAACGAAAUGAAGGAGAAAGAGGGUUGCCAAUGCCUGUUUUAGUUAUUUGUCCAAAAAAUCCAGAUGCUUUAAAAUAUAAUUUAAUACUUAAAGAUAUUAAUCGUCGCCUUCCUCGUAUGGAUAGAGUAACUAUAGGGCGAUUAAUUAGCUUUGCUAUUGCUGGGGCUGGUUUUAGUAAUGUUGGGCAAUUUAUGAGAAGAAGAAUCAAAGAAAAUAUUAGUGAUCAUCAGACCCAACAUCUUUAUUCAUUAUUUCGCCGCUGGCGUGGUUAUCGAAGUCUCAGUGAAUUUUAUGAUACUUUAUUUAAUAAAUAUGGAUAUACAUGCAAAGAUUUAUUCCAAAAAUGUUUAUAUGGAUAUGAGGAAAUACCUUGUUGUGAUAUUUUCCGUCCUCAUUAUGUUAUGUUGCGAGGGCGUUGUAUGAGAUUAAGAUAUAUUAUGCAUCAAACUGAUCCUGCUGAUAUUGGAAGAAUUGAUGUUUAUUUACCACAAAUUGUUGCCUAUAUAACAGAUGAACAUCAAGCAGUCGGUACAUUCCCCCGUUAUUAUGUCCAUUUUCAUUCUGCUGUAUUAUUACGUGCAAGAAAUAGACAAAUAAGUAUGUUACCUGAUAAUGAUCAAUGUUAUAGUAAUUAUGGUAAAGAUUAUAAAGGGAGAAGUUCGUGUUGGGUAAAACGUUGGCUACAUGAAAAAAUUGUAGAACCGUUUAAUUGUACAGUUUUCUAUCUCGGCAGAAAUAGAUACAAUUAUUUACCGAUAUGUGAACCUAUUACUAUUGUUAGAAAUUAUUUAGAUGUUACAAAUUUAAGAUUGGAUAAUGAUACACGAAAAAGAUGUAAACCUGCCUGUAUUCGGUCUGAACAUACAUUUCAAGAGUUUAGACCAAAAGGUUCUGUAAUGAAACGUAAUUAUAUGCCGGCAUUUCGAAUUGAAAUAUCUUUUACUAAUUUAGAGAUAGAGGUAUAUCAAGAAGUAUUAACAACAACAUUACCUGGAUUUGUUUCUCAAUUGGGUGGACAAUCUGGGUUAUUUGUUGGACUUUCUGUUUGCUCUAUAAUACAAAUAGGUAUUUCAAUUGCCUGGAAAUUACAUUUGUGGUAUAAAAGAUUUUUUGAUGGAAGGAGAAAUGAAAAAAUUUGA